AUGCUCUGCCUUUUGUCUUUGUCCGUCUCUCUCUCUCUCUGUCCAGAUAUUCAGGUUAAGGAAUUGGACAAGCGCGCCUCGGGGCAAGCCUUUGAGGUCAUUUUGGGGAACACAACCCCAGAUGCCAAAGGGGAGUUUCCUCUGUCCCCUCCAAAAAAGAAGGACGUUUCCCUGGAGGAGAUCCAGAGAAAACUGGAUGCAGCCGAGGAAAGACGCAAAACUCAUGAGGCGGAGGUACUGAAGCACUUGGCGGAGAAGAGGGAGCAUGAAAAGGAGGUGUUGCAAAAGGCGAUGGAGGAGAACAACAACUUCAGCAAGAUGGCAGAGGAGAAACUGAACCAGAAGAUGGAGGCCAACAAAGAAAACCGCACAGCCCUCAUGGCGGCCAUGAACGAGAAGUUCAAAGAAAAGGAUAAGAAAAUCGAAGAGGUUCGAAAGAACAAGGAAACCAAAGAGUCGGGCGCAGAGGGAGAGAAUUGA